AUGCAAUUUAUUCGCAACAGCCUCUCGUUUUCGUUCAUCAGCAAUCAGGGAAGCAACGAACAGUCGCCGGAAAAUGGUACAUCGAACGGAACGGAAACUACAACUGGGCUGCCCGGCGAGCGUAAGGGUGCACCGUCACGCUCGGAAUCGGACCUUAGCGAACAAUCGCGGUAUGCGACGGUGCGAUCGAAGGUACCACCGAACUUGGGCAGUCCUCCGUCGGCAUACAGCACACCAUUUCAAAGUCCCGUCAUUGCGAGUCGCACCUUCCCGACGUUGGUUGACGCUGCCGCAACGCUGAACAAAUCCGAUAGCCGGGAUGAUUCGGGAAACGGAACCAUUAAGCCGGAUCGUAGCAGUAAGGUGUACUUCAUUGACCAGGGACACUUACAAACAGAUUAUGAGCUUCCGGAACGGCCCGUGCGAUCAAUGCGAGGUACCGGUGCGAAUAAUGGUGUGGUCAAUCCCGCCUUCACUAACGAUUCCGGAGCCACUGUGAUAAACAUGCCCAACACAACACAACCCAGCGUAAUACGGGAACAGUAUUGGACGUGGUCGUGUCGAUGCCAUCGAGAACUCACCUCCCGCGAGAAGGCUCUACUCAUUGUGAUUUUCGUUCUGGUGCUGGUCAUUGGAGGUCUCGCAACGUACCUGGGCAUCGUGGUAGACAGUGAGGAUGGAAUUACAGGUGGCAUCCUUACGCGAAAUAUGCUGCAACCAGUGGCUAGCGAUCAAUAA